AUGGCAAUCACCCAGUUUGAAUGGAGCGAAGCCACCCAGGGUCUCAUCCUGUCCGGGUUCUACUACGGCUACGUGCUAACCCACAUCCCUGGGGGCAUGCUGGCGGAGAAGUAUGGGGGCAAGUGGGUGCUCGGGCUGGGUCUCUUCAUCACCGCUGUAUGCACGCUGGUGACCCCCAUAGUCGUGGAGUGGGGCGGGGCGAUGGCGCUCUUCGCUUUACGAGUGUUUGAAGGUCUUGGGGAGGGUCCAUCGAUGCCUGGCCUGAUGUGUAUGAUAUCGCGAUGGGGCCCGAAAACAGAGCGAGCAAGGAUCGGUUCCAUAGUCUUUGGUGGAGCACAAAUAGGAAACAUUGCCGGUUCAUACUUAUCUGGCAUUAUUAUGCAUGAUGGAAAAUGGCAAGACGUCUUCUACUUCUUUGGCGCUUUGGGUGUGAUCUGGUUCGUCCUCUGGAUCUUCCUGUGCUACAGUACUCCAAACACCCAUCCUUUCAUUUCCGAUGAAGAGAAGAAGUACCUGAACGCGAAUGUGGACUCCCUGAUCCACACCAACAAGCAGAAGCUGGACCCCGUGCCGUGGAAGGCACUGCUGCGGUCGGUGCCCCUGUGGGCCCUCAUCAUUGCUGGUAUUGGCCACGACUGGGGCUACUUCACCAUGGUGACCGACUUACCGAAAUACAUGACAGAUGUGCUUAAAUUCAACAUCAAGACCGCUGGCAUCCUCAACGCUCUCCCCUACAUCGCCAUGUGGAUAUCCUGCUUCUUCUUCGGAACUAUUUGUGACUUCUGCGUCAAACGCGGCUGGCACAGCAUUCCUACUGCAAGGAAAAUUUACACUACUAUUGCGGCAACCGGCCCUGGCAUAUGCAUCAUCAUGGCGUCCUACUCCGGCUGCGACACCACGCUCGCCACCGUCUGGUUCAUCGCGGCCAUGACCCUCAUGGGGGCCUACUACAGCGGCAUGAAGAUCAACGCUCUUGACAUCACCCCCAACUACGCCGGCACCACCACCGCCAUGGUCAACGGAAUCGCCGCCAUAUCUGGCAUUAUUACGCCGUAUCUGGUCGGGAUUUUAACGCCUGAAUCAACGUUGAAACAAUGGCGUGUAGCCUUCUGGGUGUGCCUAGCAGUUUUAGUAGUGACCAACGUCAUCUACAUCAUCUGGGCGCAGGGCGAGCAGCUCUGGUGGGACGACGUCAAGACGCACGGCUACCCCGCCGGCUGGAAGCAUGGACCUCUCACAAUGAGGGAAGUCGACGCAGAAGACACGAAGAAAGAGGUGGAGGAACAGAAAGACAAACUUUUGUUUGUCUCGAAUAUGGUAUUGAGAGGAUGGCGUUUGGUGUUAAAUCGAGUGAUAUUUAUACCCCAGCGCUAUGUGCUGGGUAUUAUGGGUCUAUUUGCUUUGGCAAACUCAUUUACUAUGAGAGUGUGUCUCAGCAUGACCAUCACUCAGAUGGUGACCAAAACAGCUCCAUCUGAACACAUAAUUGGCGAAGUGUGUCCCGACUAUGACCAGGAGACGAAUGUAACAGAAGAUACAACGCCUUAUAACAGCAGUUCAGUUUUUGUGGUACGAGAACGCUACGACUGGGACGAGGCGACGCAGGGCUUGCUGCUCAGUGCCUUCUACUACGGCUACGUCAUCACGCACCUGCCCGGGGGUAUACUGGCUGAGAAGUUCGGGGGCAAGUGGACUUUAGGGCUAGGGCUUCUCGUGACGUCCGUAGCCACAGCUCUGACGCCGCUGGCGGUGUACCUCGGUGGUGCUGUCGGGCUCUUCAUCAUUAGAGUUAUUGAAGGGCUUGGGGAGGGAACAGUAACACCGGCCUUCGUACUGUUGCUAGCGCGAUGGGUUCCCGCUUCCGAAAGAUCUCGCUUUGGAGCCAUGAUAUUCGGAGGCGCCCAAGUGGGUAAUAUCUUCGGACCCUACCUGUCUGGCCUCAUCAUGGCUGAUGGAGGGGAUUGGCACAAUGUCUUCUACUUUUUUGGUGGCUUAGGCGUCAUCUGGUUCUUGUUUUGGACAGUGUUAUGCUACAGUACGCCUAAUAUCCACCCGUUCAUAUCUGAUGAGGAGAAGAAGUUUCUGAACGACUCCAUAUCCGCUUCCGGUCUGCACAAGAAACUGAACCCAGUGCCGUUCAAGGCAUUGUUGAGAUCAAAAGCUCUUUGGGCUCUUAUGCUAGCAGCAGUAGGACACGACUGGGGAUACUUCACAAUGAUAACCGAUUUGCCGAAAUACUUCUCAGAUGUUCUAAAAUUUAACAUCAAGGAAACAGGAUUGAUGUCAGCAUUGCCAUACGUCGCCAUGUACAUUUGCAGUUUUACAUUCGCAUCAAUUUGCGACUAUUGUAUCCACAAGAAAUGGCACACCAUCGGCACAGGAAGGAAGAUAUACACUACUAUUUCUGCAACCAUACCAGCUUUAUUCAUGAUGCUGGCGUCCUAUUCUGGUUGCGACCGCAUCGCGGCGGUGGCCUACUUCAUAGUGUCGAUGGCAUUCAUGGGUGGAUUCUACAGUAGUGUGAAGAUAAACCCGAUGGAUAUAGCGCCGAACUAUGCUGGGACGUGCUCCGCGUUCUCGAACGGCCUCGCCGCGGUGUCCGGAAUCAUCACCCCGUAUUUGGUCGGCCUUUUGACGCCCGAUCAAAGCAUACAUCAAUGGCGGAUCGCGUUCUGGCUGAUAUUCGGUGUUCUCAUUGGGACCAACCUCAUCUACGUGAUCUGGGGCUCCGGUGAGCCCGAGUGGUGGGACGACGUGGACAAAUACGGCUACCCACCGGACUGGAAGCACGGACCCUUGAAGAAACGGAGGGAAGACUUCGAAAAAAAAGUCGUCUAUCCAAAGCAUGACCAUUCGCCUAUUACUGCUGACUGAUUCACAUAUAAAGUAUAAACUAAAA